UGAAAAUGAAUGCUAUAAAUGCAAUUGUGCAUUUAGCCAAUAAUGCCGACCCAGCGCGACGUAGAAAGCUCUACCGCCAACGAAGCAACCCAUUCGAUUUGCGGGACCUAAAUUUUAAAAUAAAAUAUAGGUUCAAUAAGGACACAGUGCGCACCAUCAUAGAUUUGGUGGAAGAUGAUCUGGUUCAGAGCGCUAGAGGUGGUGGCACGUGUCCUGAACUGCAAGUUUUAGUGGCCAUAAGAUGUUGGGGACGUCGUGAGGUACAAGAUGAUGCUGGUGACCUCCAUGGCCUAAGUCAGCCGACAGUGAGCCGGAUAUGCGCCAGAGUCGCGCAUGCAAUCGCGAAUAAGGCAAAUUCCUUCAUCAAAAUGCCUAUCACUAUAGGAGAGCAGGAAAGAAUUAGUGCCAAAUUUAGAGCAAUUAAAAAUUUUCCUGGGGUGAUAGGAGCCAUAGAUUGCACCCACAUUAAAAUUAAAAAAACCGGAGGUGACAUGGCCCAGUACUAUAUUAAUAGAAAAGGCUAUUAUUCCCUGAAUGUUCAGGUUGUCUGUGAUGCUGACCUCAAAAUAAUGGAUAUAGUGGCUAGAUGGCGAGGCAGUACACAUGACAGUCGAAUUUUUAUGGAGAGCAAUAUAAAACAACGAUUUGAGGAUAGGCAGUUUAGAGGACGCCUUAUUGGCGAUUCGGGCUACCCUCUUCUGCCAUAUCUAUUUACACCUAUUUUAAGGCCUAGUCGUCCAGAAGAAGAAGCAUACAAUAAUGCUCACAUCUCAACUAGGAACACUGUUGAAAGGUGUUUUGGGGUGUGGAAGCAGCGGUUCCAAUGCCUACUCCAUGGCUUACCAGUAAGCCUCCAAAAUGGAAAAGCUGUGAUCAUAGCAUUGGCUGUAUUACAUAAUAUAGCCAUUGAUAUGAAUGACACAUUGUUAGAACAACAUAUGGAGCAGGUCCCUGUAACUCCGCAACUUUCGACGGAGAACAGUGUUCACGACAACCGACCUUCAUUGUUGAGGCGUAGGUCGCAGUUGAUACUACAAAAUUUUAUAAAUCAACAUUUUUGAAUGAUACUGUUCCUGGC